ACAUGCGCUACUAGACUGUCCACUGGUGAAGCGCGCGCGCGCGAACAUAAUCAAAUUCGUAUGUGCGGCGUGCACGUAAGGCAGAUCGUGGCCGGGCGCUAUUUCCACUUUACGUUCUCACGAAAGUCUCCCACCAUUCAAGGAUAGUCCGGGGCAAAUCGGUAUGCUCAGUAAUUGUGAUUAGAUUCUGAUGGAGAAGGCAGUCUUUGAGUGUGUUCAUCUGUAAAUUCGACCAGCGUUUCAUUUUUGUCUUCGGUCCUGCGACGUACGACGGUUUCGGGCCCAGGAUCGGACAGGAGCACACAUGACAAUGGUCGCGGAGUGGAUUUCCUGCCUGGACAAACGGCCAUCGGAUCGAACAGGUGAGGACCUAGACAUCAUCUACUCGCGCCUGAAAGACGUGAAAGCCUUUGAGAAGAUCCAUCCACUCCUUCUGCAAGAGAUUUGUUGCUAUGGUUACUAUGAGGAUCUCGAGAAGGGUAUUACAUUAUUUCGACAAGGAGACAUUGGCACCAACUGGUAUGCUGUACUUUCGGGAACACUGGAUGUGAACGUCAGCGACAGAGAAAUUGGCAAUACAAAGGAGGCAGUCACAAUAUGCACGUUAGGCAUUGGCACGGCAUUUGGCGAAUCGGUCCUGAACGACUCACCGAGGCACGCCACAGUCAUCACCAGCGAGUUCUGCGAGCUACUCCGUGUGGAGCAGAAGGACUUCAAGAUGAUUUGGGAGAGGAAUCGGCAGUUGAUGGAAGGAAUCCUUGCUCCAAAUCCACUCUCUGUGCCUUCCAUUGUCAGCACAGCAGCGGCCAGUCAGCCGAAUCAGAGCAUUACCAAUCGAGGUAUCGGCAGUCACCACCAGUUGUACUCCCGAUCAGGAAGCAUGUCUGGUCCGGAUUCGUCAAAACGAACACAUGAGGGUGCGGCACCUAUUCAUCCAGCCCUUCCCAUUGUUAAGACCCCAUCAGAGCGGCUGAGCAGGGCGGGCUUCGUUCUGCGCACCAUUCUCCUGACCCGCUCCCCGCAGAUGAUCCGGGACCGCAAGUACCACCUGCGCACCUACCGGCGCUGCCUGGUGGGCUCAGAGAUGGUGGACUGGCUGAUCCAGCAGAGCCCCAUGACGCUGGUCCACUCACGCCAGCAGGCCGUGGGGAUGUGGCAGGCCCUCCUAGAGGAGGGCGUCAUCACGCACGUGUGUCGAGAGCACCCCUUUAAGGACAAAUAUUUAUUCUACCGUUUCCGCGACGAUGACAUGGGCAUCGGCAGCCAGCCCGGUAACGCCGAGAAGAAAGAGGCAGAGGAUGAGUUCCAAGACACGCUGGUCAUCUUGGCGCAGAUCGGCCCGGACGCCAUGAUGAGGAUGAUACUGCGAAAACCAGCCAUGGAACGGUCGGUGGAUGAUUUGGAGAUCAUAUAUGAGGAGUUGCUCCACAUCAAAGCGUUGGCACAUUUAUCGACAAUGGUCAAACGAGAGCUUGCAAGCGUGCUGGUGUUUGAGACGCACCAGAAAGCGGGAACAGUCUUAUUCAACCAGGGGGACGAGGGCAAGUCAUGGUACAUCAUCCUCAAGGGCUCAGUCAACGUGGUCAUCUACGGCAAGGGCGUGGUCUGCACGCUGCACGAGGGUGACGACUUCGGAAAGCUGGCGCUCGUCAACGAUUCACCGCGGGCGGCGUCGAUCGUGCUGCGGGAAGACAACUGUCACCUGCUGAGGGUGGACAAGGACGACUUCAACCGAUGUUUCUAGGAUGUGGAAGCCAACACAGUCAGGUUAAAGGAGCAUGGCCAAGACGUCCUAGUACUGGAAAAGAUCCCGACCAAUAGCGGCCAGCGACAGGACGGUGCACCCAUACAUUACAAGUAUUCCGUCAUGGCCGGCACCCCGGAGAAGAUGCUGGAGCACAUCCUGGAGACGAGGAUCGACAGCAAGCAAGAUGAGACGGACACGUUCCUGGAGGAUUUCCUCCUGACUCACAUUGUCUUCAUGUCCAGCAAACAGCUGUGUCCAGCCCUCCUCACACAUUAUCAUGCCGACAUCGUCCAGGCUACAGAACAAGAGACAAUAGAUUACAUUGUGAACAACAAGCGGCGUGUCAUUCGACUGGUCUGCCAGUGGAGCGUCAUUGCAGGCUCGGCAUUCCAGGAGGAUCCCGUCAUUACGUCUUUCGUCGAGACGUUAUUUUCGGCCAUCUGCGAUGACUGUCGCAUCUACAGCAGCCUGCAGGACGAGCUGGCCAACCUGGAACGAGUGUUCCACCUGGUGCGCAAGAUGGAAGAAGAGCAGGCCCACACCUGGCAGGUGCAGAGACAGAGUAUUAUGGGCUAUCCUGGUACCGAACUGUUCAGUAUCGCAAAAGGUUUAGGGGAAUUUCAUCGUUCAGAGGAUGACACUCCCAGACGGAGACCCAUCAAAGCGACUGACGAAAAUAUCUUCAAAGUGUACUGUGCAGACCACACGUACACCACAUUACGGGUACCAAUGAACACGACCGCCGGUGCUAUUGUCCGAUCAGUGUCCGAGAAAAUGUGCCUGGGGGAGGACCUGGUGCUGUGCGAGAUCAAAUCGACCGCGGAGCGCAUCUUGUUCAAGGAGAAUGACAUUUGUGUGACAGCCGGGUUGUCUCUGAACGGCAGAAUAUUUGUGUCACCGCGAGAACACCUGGAUGCCUUGACGCCGAUUCCUGAGCAGGAGGGCCCAUCGGACAGCACGUUUGCCAUGUUUGAGUUGAUGGGCUCGAAGGAGGUGGCGUACCAGAUGACGCUGUAUGACUGGGAGCUCUUCAACUGUGUUCAUGAGUUUGAGUUUGUCUACCACACCUUUGGCCGGCAGAAGUUUGGCCAGAUCACGGCCAACCUGGACCUGUUCCUGCGGCGGUUCAACGAGGUGCAGUUCUGGGUGGUGACGGAGCUCAGCCUGACCAACAAUGUCAGCAAGCGGGUCCAGCUACUGAGGAAGUUCAUCAAGAUAGCCGCAUAUUGCAAAGAGUACCAGAACAUGAACUCCUUCUUUGCGAUCGUCAUGGGAAUGAGUAACAUUGCCGUCUGCAGACUCACUCAAACGUGGGAGAAACUACCGAGCCGGUUCAAGAAGACAUACGCCGAGUUUGAGGCCACCAUGGACCCAUCUCGCAACCACCGCGUCUAUCGUCUCUCUGUCUCACAGAUGCAACCUCCCAUGAUUCCCUUCAUGCCUCUGGCCAUCAAGGACAUGGCCUUCACGCACGAGGGCAACAAGACCUACUUUGACGGCCUGGUCAACUUUGAGAAGAUGCACAUGAUUGCGUCGACAAUCCGCACCAUCAAAUAUUGCCGAAGCGAACCCUUCACUAUGGACCCACCACCUCCCGUCAAGAACAUCAGUGAAAUCAGAAAUUACGUCAGAAAUCUCCGGGUGAUAGACAACCAGCGAGUGCUGACGCAGCACUCCCACAAACUGGAGCCGCGCCGAACGUGACGCGGAGACCGCUCAACCACAGCGGUUCCCCUCAAACGACUUCAUCUGCCAAAGUAUCCCUUGACUGGCGUGAACACACGGCAUUAACCAGUGCACGUCAGAUCCUGCAGCAAUCCACAACAGAUAUCUGCCUCAAAGUAAGACAGACGAACUGUACAAAACCAAAAAACCUAAAAAAAAAAAUAAAGAUUGUACUGCUGCAUUCUUACAGGAAGUAUUUGUACAUUUUUGUAAGGUUGAAAUAUAUUUCAAACCUCUUAUGAAGAUUUGUAAUUAUUCGUAUUUUUUCACAAUUAUUUAAACAGUUUCUGUACAUACUAGGGUUUGUACAUAAUGCUUGUAUAAUUAUACUGAACUAUUUUGUGGUAGUGGCUUUCUUGGACGCCUAGCGUGUCUCUAACUCUUUUAAGUCACAGACUAGCGUAUGAUGUUCUUUGCAAUACUUGAAGUUGAAUUUGUGCAUCCUCCGAUGACUUUUCAUUGGCUUCACGACGGUGCACUGUGUCAGUGUUCACAUUUUGUGUUCCAUCAGGGUUUCCCGCGGUCCUGAAAAUUUCGGGGAAGGGGGGGGGAACAGUUGCCUUGGAAAGCCACGGAAAAGUCAAUGAAACUUGGAAAUUGGGUGUUAUGGAACCCUGUUUGUCAGAGGAAAAAAAAGUCAAGGAAAAACUCAUGGAAAUCAAGAUCAUGCAAGGGGUUUGUUUGAUGGCCAGCUUCUGAUGAAAUAACAAAGUAGGGAUAAGGCUAUCCGUGUCAGUCUGUGGUAUAGCCUCAUAUUUUUCCCACGCCCCAAGCAUAGUGCCUACGUUUCCUAUUGGAUUUUUGUUUGAAAGUCAAUGAACCACAUUGCUCCAAUUGUUAAAAUAUUCCUUGUAACAAUUGUAAAAAUAUAUUUGAACAAUGAGAGCAAUUGUUAAAAUAUUCCUGGCAGCUGAUCACACACACCAUCUUUGUGAACCAGAGUCUGUUUGUGUGUCUGGACUAUUGAUCAAGUCCUCAAGAAAAUCGCACAUCUGCGAACUAAGCCAAUCCCAAGGCAUUUGGUUUAAAGAUAGUUAACCAGUUCGGUAUUCCAACAGAGCGUGCCUGACCUGAAAUACGUCCGAGGCUGUGAGGGAACAACAGCACGCACAAUAGUCUGCCCUACCAGCGCAGCAAUAUACGCCGACUCACACACUUGCUUUGUUCCUGAAACGCCUUGUCUCUUGGAAAUUCCUUUUGGAAAUUUAGUUGUCACAGUUCCUCCGUGGAAGUAUCACAGCUUGCGACCUCACUUGGGACCAGAGGCAUAUGGUAAUAGACUCCUUGGGGCAUGCUGUGGGGGGAGGGGCGUCUUCCAGGGGGUGGAAGGGGGCACUGUCCUCAUUUGCCCUGCCCGACUCAGAUUUGGACUGAGCUGUCUUUUUUUUUUUCCAAAAUUGCGUAAAGGGGAUCAAGAUAUCAGCCUGCAUGGGUAUGAAAGUCAACAGCACUUGUCAAACUUUGCCUAUUCAGUACUUUACAAGCAGUAUGGUGUAUUUUUUACCUUCCUGUUAUGUUGGAUCACGAGUUAAUGGAGUUGUGAUGAACUGCUGAGGGCGCUGUUUGGUCCACACGGAAGAGCCCACCCCAGGCAUUUUGUGGCACUUGCUUAGGCGGGGAAGAAAUUACUUAUUCACGUGGUUACUGAAAAUCAGAAAAUAGGGGUCCAUAUAAACAAGCAAUAUACACGUGCAGGUAAGUUGCCAGAUGAAAUGUCAGUCUGCUGUAGAUUGGCACGCUUAUUACACACAUUUCGUGUAAAUUUGCACGAUAAAAUGUUUGUUUUGGCCGCUGCUCAUGGAGCCCGCACCUGAUCACGAAGCCAGCAAAGCUGUUUGGCAGAAAAUAGCAAAUCACACCAAAUUUACAAGCGUCAUAUUUAUUGUUACAAGCAAUAUUGACAUUACGUGAUUACAUUUUCAGCUACAUGCAGAAGGCAGCUUUGUGGUGUGAAGCACAUAGACUUAUGAUCCUUGAUGCGUGCACCAAUUAUGUAAGGAUGUUGGACAACCCUGUUUUGCAGCGUGAUUUUAGAAUGAGACUGACAAGCACAACUCUACGUAAUUUAUUCCUUACAACAAAUAAUUUGAUACCAUGGAAAUUUGUAAUUGUGUAUUUAACAUAGACUGCAUGGGUGCCAUGCAGUUAUCCUUGCAGAGUUUGAGACUGUUCACAGGUACUUGACGGUGCUUUUUUUAUAUCGAAACCCAGCACUCCAGUGUUAUUUGAUUCUAGAUUGUAGCGAGCGGUUUUUGUGGCAAGUUGCUUUGGUACACCAAGUGAUGUUGUCUGUCUUUCAUGUUUCUUCUUUGCAUUCUUCAUCAAGACAGAAAUUUACUUCUACUUGAGUCAUCUUUCCUCGCCAGAUGUUCAGAUGUUUCUUCAAAAUUUCACGAGCAAAGAUGUGAUUCGUGUUCUGCAGCUUCAUUUGUUGCCGUUUUAGUUUGCGAAAAAAUUCCCAUGGCAUCCCCAUGGACGGCUGCAGGGAGUUAGGGGCAAGAUCCCCAGUCCCCGAAAUCUACCCAGCCUCCCAAAUUUUGGAAUCAUGUUUUUCCUUUUCCCUCUUUUUUUAAACCAUGCAAUCAAGGGAGACUGCACAAAAAAAUCUUUGGAAAAAAAAUUAACUUUUGGAGACUAGUGACCAAACAGGUUCAAGUUAAGUCAUCAGGAAUUUUGAGGCUGACGUACUCCAAAAUCAGUUGUAAAAAACAUGUGUGGGAACCAUUCAGUUUUCACUACUGACUAUUUAAACUAUCCAAAAUUAUUUCAAGCCGAACUCAUAUUUUUUUCUUUCCAAAUACAAUGGAACAUGGAAUGAACUACAUGUUUGUGAAGUAUUUUCCAGCUUGAUAAAGUCGUUCAGGGUUUCCAUUUUUAGGGCCAAAAUCUGGAGGCUUUUUCAUUUCAUUGACUGUCGAGGAUGACUGGUUGUCCCCUACUCAUAGUGCGAGUGCAAUAAAGUCAUUCAAGCAUAGCAAUGCUUCAAAGGCGAUCAAAUUUGACUUCGACUCCUAAUCAGAUGCUGUCUUUUGGUAUGGGGGAAAAAAAACAGGGAAGUUACUGGCAAGAACUUUUUGACUGUUUCUUGUCAACGUGUUCUCGCUGAUAUUUGCAUAUGCCACCACUGUUUCCUAUGAUACACGUGUAUACACCUUUGGUUGAAUCAUACAGCCAGCGGGCGUCUGGUUUUUGGUGCAGUUUCUCACACGCGAGCCGUGGUGGAACUCUUCCAUGUCAUUUAUGGGUGCUGAAUAAUAUUUGUUGUAUGAUUUCGUAGAGUGAAGAUCGGUUAUAUUUUAUCAGUUCAGAUAUUUUAAUUCAAUUAUAUUGAAAUCCUAUUUUACCAGUUGAUCUAUUGUGUAACACAUUUUGUUCAGCAGUACAGCUGCUAUCUUGCGUUAUAAUAUACUGCAUUUCAGUGCAAUGUA